AUGCAUCUCAUGUUCGCCGAUAAUAUCAUUGGACCAAACUCGGAUAAUGCUCUAUAUGAUCAGGCUCUCCAACCGGCACCUGGUGCACCAAUUGGAAUCAUUCAUGAUUGGUAUCCUACGAAUAAAUCUCAGUAUAAUGAGCUACAAAAGUUAAAUGCCGAGCGCUCUAGAGUCAAUAUACCGUUCAUUCAAUCCGGCGAAUGUCUCCAUGGCGUGGGAUCAUUCAAGCAGUCCAUAUUUCCACAGUCUAUCGGUAUGUCGGCAUCAUUUGACACCAACCUUGUGCAUCGAGUUGGUAGAGCCAUUGGCACAGAAGCUAGCUCAAUUGGAAUCCACGCGUGCUUUUCCCCUGUGCUUGAUCUAGCAAAAGAUCCUCGAUGGGGCCGCGUUCAAGAGGACUGGGGAGAAGACAUGGUCUUGACAGCCCAUAUGGGGGUGGCAUACGCGUCAGGCCUGUCUAAAAAUGGCAGUUGGUCAGAUCACGAUGCAGUGGUGCCAGUCAUGAAGCAUUUUGCCGCUCAUGGAAGCCCCCAGGGAGGACAUAAUGCCGCACCGUUCAUGGGAUACGGCACUCGAGAAGUGCUUCAGGAGAUGCUUGUUCCAUUCAAGGCUGCCAUACAGCUUGGAGGAGUCAAGGGUGUAAUGAUGGCGUAUAGUGAAUUUGAUGAUGUGCCUUCUUCGGUGAACCCUCUACUAUAUGAGGCGUUGGCGGACUGGGAGUUUGAUGGUUAUGUAACUGCUGAUGAUGGCGGUCUUUCUGAGCUACUCUAUACCCAUCGGGUCACAAGCUCCGUGGCGGACACAAUUGCGCAGUGGCACAAUUCUGGGGGCAUGGUGCAAUAUUACGAUUUUCCUUUACAGGAAUAUGUGGAUGCGACCGUCAAUUUGGUAGAGAAUGGAACUUUGACCAAAACAACAUUACAGUCGUUGGUUCGACGUAUACUCGCAGUCAAGUACGACUUGGGACUUUUUGACAAUCCUUAUAUCCCCGAAGAAGUUGAUUCAAACGCCAUUACAGCGUCUCAUGUCCCACUUACUUUGGAAGCAGCACAAAAGAGCAUUGUUUUGUUGGAGAACCGCAAUUCUACACUCCCUAUUUAUCCUUUGCAGCAGGAUAUUAGACGAAUUUCCUUGAUUGGUCCUUUUAGCGACAUAUUCAACUAUGGUGACUACUCUGGGCAAUGGGGAGGAUAUCCUGUCAAAAACGCGAGCACCAUACGCCAAGGAAUUCUUCGACAUCUUUCAAACAAUUUCCCUCAGACCGAGCUCCUUACCAGCUGGGGAGCAAACACAUGGACAUACAACGCACAGUACAAUAUCCCGCCUUAUUUGCUCUCUGCGAAUGGUACGUCAGGUGGGUUACUUGCAACAUACUAUGCAUCGCCCGACUUCGAUGACGCAAGAUUUCAAAAAAUUGAAACACCGAGCUUGGACUGGGGUCUUUAUCCGCCAGUGGGACUACCCUCAAACAAUUUCAGUGUGAUCUGGGAAGGGAAAGUUACAGUGCCAGUUGACAGCACCAUUGAAGGAUGGUUUGGGGUUGCUGUCUACCCGAAUACCACUGCAAAGCUUUACGUAGAUGGCAAACUGCUUGUCGAGGCCGAAGCAUCGCUUUCAGGAAACAUUCUAUCCAACAUCCCUGGGUUGUCAUACACCUCGGUAAACAGCACGAUUCCCCCUCCGGGUUCAGCACCAUUCACAUUUCGAAAGUCCGCCACUCAUGAUGUUAGGCUAGAAUAUCAGGCAUGGAAUUAUGUUCAAAAAGUUGAAAACGUCAAUUCUUUGAACGCCCAGGUGCUAAUGUUCUGGAAUUUGGUGGACCGAGUUGAUCCAAUUGGAAAGGCUGUUGCGCUUGCCAAAACAUCUGAUGUCAUUAUUCUUGCUGUCGGUGCGAGCUGGAACAGUGAUGGCGAGUCUGGGGACCGAGCGACCCUUGAGCUGUCCGCAAAUCAAACUGCCCUUGCUAAUGCAAUUUUUGCUCUGAAAAAGCCAGUCGUUCUUGUGCUACAAGGAGGUCGUCCUUUCGCUGUUCCUGAAUAUUACAACCGGGCAGCAGCGGUUCUCAAUACGUUCUUCCCCGGUCAAUCUGGCGGGCAAGCUAUCUCGGACGUCCUAUUCGGCACAGUCAACCCCGGAGGGCGGGUCCCAAUCAGUGUACCAUACAAUGUUGGAACAUUACCAGCAUUUUACAACUAUAAACCGUCCUUUCCGAGGGACUACACCGAUAUCCCAUAUCAACCGGUUGUGAGGGCGACUUCCCUUUAUAUUGCUUUAAACCUUCACACGAAAUCAACGGCUAACUUGAUAUCGAAUCAGUAUUCGUUUGGAUACGGCUUGUCUUACACGGAAUUUAAGCUCUCCAAAUUCCAUGCCUUCGCAAACUCGACUACGCACACACGAAAUAAAUCUCAGUUUAAUCCAGAGUCAGUCAUUACUUUUUCGGUUGAAAUCACGAACAGUGGCAGCAUAGCGGGAAGCUACACCGCACAGGUUUAUCUCUUGGGCCGCGUUUCCUCGAUCACCCGUCCCGUAAGGCAACUCGUUGCCUUUAGCCGUGCAUACCUCUCAGCAGGAGAAACGCGAACUGUGACUAUGGACUUGGAUGUGUCUCGGUAUUUGGUCAUUCUUGACCGUCGAUAUGAAUGGACUGUGGAGAGCGGAGAUUAUAUCUUCGCCCUCAUGGAAAACGGCGGCAACCUCGCCAGCACUGAGAUGAAUGUCACCCUAACGUUCCAAGCUGGUACAUCGCGUUCGGGCAAUUUGGUCUCGGUGCAGUUGAAAGAUAUCAAACUGAAAGCAAGGUCCUGGGUUGUUUCUGAAAACGAUAAAUAA